UGUCAUACAGUUGUCACGUGAUAAUUAAAAUGGCAUCCUUGUUGAAAAAUUAUUUAUGCUUUGUUAUUGUAAUUUUUUUUUCAUUUAAAUGCAGUUUCUGCUUGCUUGAUACACCUUGCUCACCACUUAUUGUGAAGUCUGGCUACAUUGUCUGUGUCUGCAAUGCAACAUAUUGUGACACAUUUCCAUCAGCUGACCCUGUUUCAAAAGGAAAUUAUGUAGUUUUUACUACCUCACAAUCUGGACUGAGGGCUAACAAACAAAUUUUACCAAUCAGCAAAAGUUCCAAAACUACCACUGUAUACCACAUAAAGUUGAAUGAGACACGCCAAAGCAUCCUUGGAUUUGGUGGUGCUUUUACAGAUGCAGCAGGAAUAAACAUAGCAAAGUUGCCAGCUGCAGCACAGACAAAGUUGAUUAAUUCUUAUUAUUCUAAAGAUGGUCUAGAAUACACUAUUGGAAGAGUUCCCAUUGCCAGCUGUGAUUUUUCUACCCGUGCAUAUUCUUAUGAUGAUGUGCCAGGAGAUUUCAAUUUAAGCCAGUUUACUUUGGCUCCUGAAGACUUUAAAUACAAGAUUCCAUUUAUUCGCUCAGCUCUAUCUGUUACCUCAAGGCCUAUCAAGUUUUUUGCUAGCCCUUGGAGUGCCCCAGCGUGGAUGAAAACAGAACAUAACAUGACUGGUCAAGGUACUUUAAUUGGACAGCCAGGAGGUCCAUAUUACAAAGCUUGGGCUACUUAUUUUAUCAAAUUUCUUGAAGAAUAUGAAAAAAACAAUAUCAGUUUUUGGGGCAUAACAGCACAAAAUGAACCCACUGAUGGGCUGAUGGCUAAAUUCCCAUUCCAAUCCUUGGGCUUUACACCAGAGAUGCAAAGGGAUUUUAUCAAAUUAGAUCUUGGUCCAGCCUUACAAAACAGCAGUUACAAGAACACUAACCUGAUGAUCCUAGAUGACCAAAAGUUGUUUGUAGUUACAUGGAUGAAAACUGUUCUCUCGGACCCUGAGGCCAGCAAGUACAUAUCAGGUGUAGCCGUCCACUGGUAUGUGGAUGGUGUGCUGCCUUCAGACAUCAUGACCUUAGCUCACAACUUGUACCCUGACAAGUUUCUUUUCGGAACAGAAGCCUGCGAGGGCUCAAUGCCAUGGCAAAUGAAAGUGGAUCUCGGUGCUUGGGACAGAGCAGUCAGUUAUGCACGUGAUAUUAUAAUAGAUUUGAACAACUGGGUCACUGGCUGGACAGAUUGGAAUCUUGCUCUUGAUUUAACUGGAGGACCUAACUGGGUGUCCAAUUAUGUGGAUAGUCCAAUUAUUGUCAACUAUGAAAAGAAUGAAUUCUAUAAGCAGCCGAUGUAUUAUAUUCUAGGACAUUUUAGUAAAUAUGUUGUCUCAGAUUCCAUUGGAUUGAACGUAAAUUCACCAGCACACAAACCUUUGGUUGAAAUAACAGCCUUUCUUCGUCCAGACAAGUCAGUCGUUGUCGUCAUUUUGAAUUUGGGAUAUCAACCAGAAACUAUUGAGCUUACAGAUGAUGUGACUGGAUACAUACCUUUGACCAUUCCUGGAAACUCCAUACAGACUGUAGUUUGGUGGUUGUCAUAGACCAUGCUGACACUUACUUGUUAAUCAAAAUAUAAAACAUCUUGUUUUGAUUAAUUCAUUUUUCAUUUUAUUGCUCAAUUUGAAGAUCAGAAGACCCAUUCUACUAUUGGGUCAGAAUGGUAUAUUAAUUAAUGCAUGGGUCAUUUUAGAAAUCUAGGUUGAAGAUGAAUUAGAUAAUGUAAAUCAGAUAGUGUAAAAUUUGAAUUAAAUUUUAAUCCAGUGAACAACACAUCACCAGUAUAAGUAUUAAAAAUAAUUUAUACCAGGAUGACUAACUUGUGUACCUUUUCUUCAAACUAGCACUAAUAGUUAGCAGAUGAAUACUAGAGACAGAUAGAUUUGCGAUGUUUUUAAAUACCCUUAUACAAUAUUAAAUUAUCCUGUUGUUUUUUUUCCAGGAUAUUAAAAAUUUGACCUCUGUUUAAUAUAAAUGUUUCUAACCAUUUAUCUAAAAUCAAAAAUAUAUUUAUUAUAAGCAAUUUUUUUUUUUACAUAUUCCAUUUUAUAUGUUUUGAAAUAUUAAAAUGUUGAACUGUAUAUUGGAUUUUUCUCUGACCGUUUUAACCAGAUAAGACAGUUUGGGCUCAAAUCAUAAGGGAUAUAUUUUGAGUCAUAGACUUGGUUAAUAACUUUACAAUUAUAUUGAGUCACAAAUUGGAUUUUUCCAGAAAUGUCUUUUUUUUUUAAACCAGAAUUGGUCAUUGAACAAAACAAAGUCUAAAUUACUUACAUUCCAUAUUGUUAUGCUUUGAAUUCCUUUUAGUCAUUUAUUUAUUAUCUUUUGAGAUGCUUAGCUUUUUAAUUGAAAUUUGUGUAUGCAUUUGUUUGCUUGACAAUAAAAGUGUAAAUGGCAAAACAGCAUUUGUAAUUACUGUGAAUUUAAGAUAAAUUAUUGAAUGGCAUGCAUAUAUCUUUUCAAUUACGUUCUGCAAAGAGCAGUUACAUAUUUUAUGAUAUUUAUAUGUGAAUGGAAAAUUAAUAUCCAUGAAUGAAAGGUAAACAUUUUGUUAUGGGAAUAUUUUGUUGUUACAACUGAUUUUUUAUUAUCUGUAUUUAAGAUAAACUUUUUUUUUUUUUUACAUGACAUUGUUAAUCAUACAUAUUGUUUCUUUUUAAUAAUUUUGUUAAAGUUUGUUGUGUUUGGGUGUGGGGGUAGGCUUAGAACACAAAUGCUAAAUGUUAUUUUUGGAGCAUGAAACUACUGUUGAGUUGAAAAACUUACAACUUGUGGCAUUUAAACGAAAAUUUUAGGUUUCCAUUUCUUCUUCUGUGAUCCUAAGGGUAUCUUGUUUUGUUUCAUGUAAAUGUGCAAUUUUGUAUUUUAAAAAACAACACAUUAACUCUUUCUCUCUGUAAUUAUUUACAACAUUCUAGUGGAAUCAACGUUGGUAUCCUCAGUUAGGAGAGAAAGAGUUAAUUAUUUUUUUACAAUAUAAUUCACAAAAACAAAAUAUUUAUUUUUUAAUCAUA